AUGGAUAACAGUAGCCUCGACAUCUGGGUUGCCGGCGCUAUAGCAGCCGUCACCGUCGACUUCCUAGUGUACCCAAUGGACACACUCAAAACGCGCAUCCAAUCACCAAACUACAACCACCUCUACAAAGACGCAACAGGCGCUAUAAAACGAGACGUCCUCUUCCGGGGGCUAUACCAAGGGGUAUGGAGCGUCGUACUGGCUACUGUACCUUCAUCAGGAGCAUUCUUCACAACCUACGAAACCACCAAACGCAUGCUAACCCACUCCUCCACCCAAUACCAAUAUCAAUCCCAUCAAUCCAAAAACCAACCCCCAAACCCCCUCCCCAUAACCCACCCCCUCCCCACCCCCCUGAUCCACGCCCUCUCCUCCUCCCUGGGUGAAAUGGUCUCCUGCGCAAUCCUCACCCCAGCAGAGGUCCUAAAGCAGAACGCCCAAGUCCUGAACAUGAACUCCCCAACAACAACAGCAGCAGCCACGCAAAGCGCCACAAUCCACGUGCUGGCGAAAUUCAGACACCGGCCCUGGCGGCUCUGGAGCGGGUAUACGGCGCUUGUGGGCCGGAACUUGCCCUUUACUGGGUUGCAUUUUCCGGUUUUUGAGGGGGUGAGGGCUUGGCUUGUUGAUUAUUGGAGGGGAGGGAAGAAUGGGGGAGUUGUUAAUGAGGGAGGGAAUGAGGUUGGGGUGCUUGAGAGGGCGGUUUUGACGGGCGUUGCGGCUGGUGUGGCUGGCACUGUGGCUUCGGUUGUUACGACGCCGAUUGAUGUUGUCAAGACGAGGGUUAUGUUGGGGGCUAGCCAGGAGGAGGUGAAGGGUUCGGAGAAGACGGUUGGGAAGGUGAAGGGGACGUUGGCGGUUGGGAGAGAGGUGUGGAGGGAGGAGGGCGUUAGGGGGUUGUUUCGUGGAGGUGCGUUGAGGUCGGUUUGGUCGGCUUUUGGGAUGAGUAUUUAUCUGGGGAUUUAUGAGGGGGGUAGGAUGUAUUUGGAGAAGAGGAGGAAGGAAACUGAUGAGGGUGAAGUUUUGUGAAGGUGGGUAAACGAUUAGAGCACAUGGAGGGUCUGUAUUAUAGAUCAUGAACAAUUAUAUUUUUCUUUUUCUUUUCAUUGACGUUAACUCAUCAAGAAGAGGUCUUCGGUUAUUCUCAUCAGUUAUCAUACAUGCAUCAGGUGUACAUAAUCUCAGUCAAGAGACAAUUUCGUAAACAAAAGGGUGCUGAUCAUCAACGCAUGCAAGCUCAAUAUCAAGGUUCAUUUCCAACAUUUCUGGUGUAUAGUCAUUGCAUCAUUCCAAUCAUCGAAUGCAAAAGAGCAAUCUUCUGGCAUCACGUCUCGCUGUCGAAUAUGGCCCUGCUCAUCAAGCAGGGUCUCUCUUGUGAAGCAUACCCUUAAAAGCUGGUAAGUUUUUUAAACCAGUUGGGCAGCUUCCCUCCGGAGCUAGGAGGUGGUUGGUCGUAGCGGUCAUAUCUCAUUCCAUGGUCUCGCUCGUGGUCUGCACUACCAGAGCUGCUCUUCUGUCCUCU